CAUUCCUACCAUGUGUCAAGACUUUAACCUGUCGUUCUUCUGCCAGCGUGAGCCGAACUCCACGUCGCCGUUUCCUCUCAACCCUCCAAACUUUGCGAUGUCCUACUUCACCAUGACCUUCGGGAUCCUCUCUAACCUAAUCGGCCUGGCCAUCGUCUCCGCAUCCUACACCCGCUUCCACCACCGAGCGAAGACGCCAUUUCUGCUGCUCGCAGCCACUCUUCUUAUGAGCGACCUGGCAGGACAUUUGGUCACCGGCGCAUUCGCUUUGCACCUCCAUCUCGGAAGAGUCAAGAGGCAACGAGUAGCAAGCAGGGAGGCAAGCGAACCCCCUCAGGUUUUCUGCAAACUUUUCGGUGCCUGCAUGGUCUUCUUUGGCUUGACUCCUCUCCUCCUGGGUAGCGCCAUGGCCGUGGAGCGGUGCAUGGGCAUCAGGCAGCCACUCCAGCACUCUGCUGUGGCCACCACGGCCCAUAUUCGCCACUGUGUCCUCCUGCUCAUCACCAUGGCCUUUACUUUAGCAGCGCUCCCCUUGUUCAAUGUGGGUACCUACGCACCUCAGUUUCCUGGUACCUGGUGUUUCCUUCCUGUACACGGUGCUCUCUCGAGUGCUGACGCCGGCCUGGCAUUGGCCUUCUCGAGCCUGGGCCUGGCAGCUCUAACAGUCUCUGUACUAUGUAAUGCUGUGAGUGGGCUGACGUUGCUGCAGGCCAGGUUUAACAACCAAGGAGGAAAACUGACCGCCUCCAGGAGACGCAGAUCGUCUAUGUCAUCUGGGCAUUUGCUGGAUGUGGAGAUGAUGGUGCAGCUAGUGGUCAUAACCGUGGUGUCCUCCGUCUGCUGGAGUCCCUUCCUCAUUUACAUCUCCAUGUCAGUGAGACAGUUCUACCGAGGCGAUACCGAUCCAGACCCGCAGUAUAAGCAGCUGCUGCUGCUGGGUUUGAGGAUGGCAUCCUGGAACCAGAUCCUGGACCCGUGGGUGUACAUCCUCCUGAGGCGGGCCGUGCUGCAGCGGGUGUGUGGAAUGCUUUGGCCCAGCAGAGUCAUUUUUAGCCACAGCAGCUCGUGCAGGAGUUCAGAGCGACCGGAAAUCCAUUUGCACUGACUUUACUCAAUGUCACACAUU